AUGGAACAAAAUCUUCGACAGUUGAAACUAGACUUUAACGAACAAACAGAGGACUCUCUGCCACUUGAAGAAAACGAAGCUGAAGUACUCGAAUGGGAUUGGGAUAUCGAGCAUGCGGAUAGGAAAGCCGAAGCCAAAGCUGAUGCUGCACUUCAUGGCGCGCUACCCUUCGAAGUCGAUAGAAAGGUGCUGAAGGACGUAGUCAGAGAGAACAUGGGUGCUGAGGUUGUCAGGAUCAAGUUUUUGAGUGCCGGAACAUUCCAUAAGUCUUACCCCCCUCAGGCCUACUUGGUGACUUUAGCAGACCGGCAGCAAGUCGUCGCCAGAGUUGCCCGUAGGUUCAUGCCCCGGCUUAAGACUGAAUCCGAAGUGGCAACAAUGCAGUAUCUACGGGAACAUACCUCUAUACCUGUGCCAAUAGUGUAUCAUUACGACUCUAACCCAUACAAUCGUCUCGGCGGAGAAUUCAUCAUCAUGUCCAAGGCUCGUGGAAUCCCUUUAGCCAAGGUCUAUCAUUCUUUAUCUUACAACGACCUGGUCAGGCUCUUGACGAACCUUGCGGAACUGGUCAUUCCUCUAUUUGCUCAUCGCUUUCCCGAGCUCGGUUCUUUGUACUUCGGUCCUAAUCCCCGCGCCAAUACGGAUGCUUCUGCACCUACGCCAAAGGCUCUUCAGAUGCAUUACUCUGCCUUCCCAUUCUCGCCUACGCUUCCCCUGUCUCCCUUGCCGAGCGCGAAACCCUCUGGACAAAAUUCUAGUUAUGCGUUCCCUAAAUCAACAUCUCAGCAGGAAUUUCACGUCGGACCCAUCAUCUCAUGGCCAUUUUUUGGCUCAAAUCGUGGCGACCUAGUCCAUCCAAACGAGAUCAACCGUGGCCCAUGGUCAACUACGCAAUCCUACCUUGAGUCAUGCGUCCAGCGAGAAGUGACUGGCGUCAUUCGCGAGAACGAAGGCAAAGCCGCGCCACACAAACUGCAUCUGGAUCCAGAUGAAAUCAUGUCCUCACGGCAUCAUCACGUUAAAGCUGUUCCCGGAGAUGAAAGUGAUGACAGCGAUGAGUGGGACUUGGAGGAGAGCGAAGAGGAAUGGGAGGGUCCUGGAGAUGUGAUGUAUAGAGAUUACAGGAGGAUGCAGAGGACGACAUUUUUGGUGGCCCAUACCAAAGAAAGGGAAGACUGCGUAAGGAAGGAAAUGGCACGGUGGUCAAGGCUCAUGGAGCGACUGAUGAAGCAUGAGCGGGAGGUCAAGGGAGCUACUACGCAGUCACAGGCGUUGCUUCCAGAAGAAUUUGGGUUAGACUGUCACGAUCUCAGUUUGGAAAAUGUAUUCGUUGACAGCGUUGACCAUCAUAAAAUUACUUGUAUUAUUGAUUGGGAAUCAACAACUACUCGUCCUCUUUGGGCCUGUGCUCACCUUCCAGCGUUCCUACAGUUUAGCCCGUUCACAGGGAAAAUAUUUAGGGAUGUAGUAGCCAAGAUGGCAUCAUCUGCGCCUGUGUCUUCCUCGUCCACUCCAACCACUCGGCAAGGCCCGCGGCAUUCUCAGCAUCUCAGUCCCCAAGAUAAAGCUCACCUUGCACGCGAGUGGCUACAAUAUGAGUCCUCAGGCAUGCGCCUACGUAUGGCACACCGCUUCAUCGAAUGGGACGGAUGGGAAGAAGGUUUAGCAAAUAGCAUGCUUGGAGAAGAGGAACAUGAGGAGAGUUGGUUUGUUGACGUUACCUAUUAUGACAGUAACUUAACCAGUCCACCGAUGACCGGAAAUGGGACUCAUGCUGGUAGCGGUAUGCAAACUGUCGGACAGCCAUUCGGACUAGAUCAGGUUGCAGAGGCUGCAGGCCCUUCUGGGUCUGGCGCAGGGCCUGGUGGCGGUGGCGGUGACGGUGACCAGGGUGGCGAAAGCAUACUCGGAUCUCCUCUUACCCGACGCAAGCCAACUUCGAAACUCAAGAAACUCCCAUUUGUAUCCGAAUUCGAAAAGGAGCAAAUGCUUGAUACUACAGGCGACAUAUGUGGUGGUCGUGGUGGAGAGUUAGGAAGGAGAUUAGAGGCGUGGUUGACUGUCAACGGACAUGAACCCAAUACGUCUGCGCCUAUUGACGGUCCAAGGAGGAGGUGGCACAAUGACGAUGUGGAUGGUGUGGAAUCCGGGGAGCCGGCGUGA